UGUACCGCACGGAGGCACGGAUGUGUCGCCAUGAAACCGAGACAGUUCGCGUUCGCUUUACGCGCAGGACAGGUCAAGCGGCCGCCGCUUCCUCGCAAUGAGUCCAAGGGUGACGUCCUUGCCUCUUCACCAAAUCGAAGACACCAGGCGCUGGCACUCCCCGACCAUCUCGAGCGCGUCGGUCGGCGCUGCGCCUCCCUCCCUCCAUCACCGGCGCACCUCCUCCCUCCCCUCCCUCGCCGGCGACCACAGCGGCGACCGGAUCCCUCAUCGGCGACAGCUUGCGGCGCCCGCCCCUGCCCCCCCCCCCCCCCGCGGCUCGCCUCCUAGGUGUAUCUCGCGGCUCGCUUUCCAGGUGGAUCUCGCGGCGCCGCGCCCAUGCCCCCCGGCGGCGGAGCUUCCUGCCUCGGUGGCGGCCUCGCCACCCGAGCGCUCCGCCUCCGGGCUUCGCCGCGCCACGCUCGGUGCUUCCUAGCGCUGCUCCGCGCGCCUCUCCAUCGCGGCGGCCUGCGCGGCGGCGCGGCGCGGCCUGCGCGGCGGCGCGGCCUGCGUCGGCGAGACCGGCAGCGGAGAUGGCAUGCGAGCCCGCGGCGGGGCGGACCGGCGGCCGCGGCGGCUCCUCCUCGCCGUCUUCCUCGGCUCCCUCGACCCCGGCACCUCGCCGUCCUCCCCACUCCCUCCCUCCCUCCCGAGCUCCCUCCGGCGGUGGUUGGCCGGAUCCGUGCCCUCCCGCACGGGGCCACGGCGGCGGCGGCCGUGGAGGCCCCCUCCCGCAGGGCGCGGCGAUGGCGGGUGGCCUCCGGUCAGCCGUCACCUGGUGGCCCUCAUCCCCAUCGCGACCAGUGGCUGCAGUACAACCUAAUCACCUUGCUGCAUCAGGAAGCUGAAGAGCGUAAAAACGUCAUGAAGGAUCCAAAUUCAGUUGUGCCAGCAGCAUUUGUUUCAUUUCGCUCCCGUUGGGGUGCAUCAGUCUGUGCUCAGACCAAACAUACUAGCAAUCCAACAGUCUGGUUGACUGAAUGGGCUCCAGAACCUCGUGAUGUUUACUGGAAUAAUCUAUCAAUCCCAUUUAUUUCCCUCACCAUCAGGAGGUUCAUCAAAGGUAAUUCAUGAUUCGAUGUAUCACUUGGACAAAAUUAAAUGACUAUCAUUUUUUGGAGUGUGAUAUAUUUCCAGAAUAUGUUUGUGGUUAGUUUAAUUGAUUUUGUUGUUAUUACAAAGUGUUAUAAUUCCUACUUAGGAUAUCUCAGAAAAAUCUCACAUUUGCUGCAGGCUUUUUUCUUUAUAUGUUGUGUUUUGCUAAUCGGAGGCAUAGAGUUCUUGCUUCAAGAUAAUUUGCUGCAUAUACCUUUUUUCUUGCUUUAGAUCAAGAAUGUACGAAAACGAUCAUUUGCAGUAUUUAUUUAUGUUAAAUGUCACCAUCUAUUAAGUUUGACGAGGUCA